AUGAUGGACAUUGUCGGUGCCCUUGGAGCAGGCUCAACUAUUCGUAUCAAAAACUCUCGAAGAGAUAUCGAAGAGCUUGCCAGUGAGACCAUUAUCUUUGCGGGGCUUUACAAAAAAUUCCUACGCGCCUGCGACGACGAUCGAGACGCAUAUACAACAGACGCUUUAGCUGUGCGGUCGUUGAUAACCUGGGCUACGAGAACAGCCGAUAGCCUGCGCCAGCUUCUGCGUAAAGUCGAAGCACUUUAUCCGCAGUCCAAAUCUAGCUCUAAACUUGAAAAAAAGGCCAUAUCUCAUAUCGUGUGGCUUGGAAGCAAGAGCGCUGUCAAAGCCCUUCGAGACUCCCUCAGCGUUGCGCGAGAAAGCAUCAACGGGUUCAGCAACCUGAUGUGUCUGAAAAAGCUCAAGAAACAGAUUAAAUCACUAAAAUCAGCCUUGCAUGAUCGAAACAAGCGGCUCGAGUGUGAGGCCGAGCUUGGGACCACGUUGGAGGCCAAAAUUCGAGAAAUCGAUCAAGAUAUUAAGGAAACUGAGGUUCUUCAUCGCGAGAAUAGAAAGGUUCUAGGGAAGGCCGAACACAAGGUUGCCAGACAUCGACAAAACAGCCGAACUGCGGACCUGGUCCCCGCUCCAGAACAGCUGUAUGACUUGAUCGAAAUCUUGGAUGAUUACGCCCAUGAGCUCUUUCCCUCAAGAUGCUUACGGAAACGAACCGAUGAUCGUUCCUCAGUAUCGUCAGCAUCCGGUCAUGGAUCUGUCUACAGCCCACUCUCACAGAGGUCUCAACGAACAUCAGCUUCGGACCCUCUCACGAGUGGUACAAUUCGAACACACAAUUCCAGCAUUCCUACUAGCUCUGCAUCAAGUCUUCUUUCGUUCCGGUCACCUCUGAAUCCACCAAGAUUUUCGAGCUCGCUUUCCACUGUAUCUACGUCCUCUGUGGACAUACCAAAUCUUACUUCGCCGUCAAACGUCCAGGCCAACGUGUCCAUUGAGUGCGCUCACACGCGACGAGAGUACAUGAGAGAUCCAAAAGGCAAUAUUUUGAGUCCCCCGAUAGUAAGAUCUCCCAGUUCGCCAGCGACGACCAUCCAGAUCGGUGACCACCUCAUCACAUUGGAAGCCACGAAACUGAAGAUAAACCGUCAUUCGCUAGAUUUUAACGAUUACGAGAUGGGACUGAGCUUCUUCGAGGCGCUUCGACAGCAUCCGCGAGAAGUCGAUAGCCUGAACGAGGUACUCGCCCGCGGAGAUGAAGACUGGGAGGGGAUUCCGGGAUGGCUUGUGAAUCCUUCGGAAUGGAUAGUACAGCCACCUGCUAGUGGAGUCCGCGACGUCUGAUUCUGAGCACCGUAGCACUGUGAGAAAGAAUAUCAGAGCAACAAGGUUUUACACAGAUUCUUUCCGCCUUCGCAAGAUCGCUGUCGGGCCCGGC